AUGUUGCUCUCGACGUUGGUGACGGCGGCGUUGGCCGUGGCGGCCCCGGCGACGAAGUUCGUCAAACGGUUUGACUCGUGGGACUACGAGCACGAUAAGCUCCAGGGGGUCAAUUUAGGCGGGUGGUUUGUGUUGGAGCCCUAUAUUAAUCCGCUGUUGUUUAAGGCGUGCCCGGGGGCGGUGGACGAGUACACUUUGACUCAGGCGUUGGGUAAAAAGAACGCCCAGAUCGAAUUGGAAAACCACUGGGACACCUGGUACACCAAGCAGGAUUUCCAGGAUAUUAAGGACGCUGGUUUGAAUAUGGUGCGUAUCCCCAUCGGCUACUGGGCGUACAAGUUGCUUGACGACGACCCUUAUGUUCAAGGGCAAAUUAAGUACUUGGACCGCGCCCUCCAGUGGUGCCGCGAGCUCGAUUUGAAGGUGUGGAUCGACUUGCACGGGGCUCCCGGGUCGCAGAACGGGUUCGACAACUCCGGUAAGCGCGAUCUGUACGAUUUCCAAAAGGGGCUGAACGUCGAUACUACCCUCUGGGUGUUGCAGCAAAUCUUCUGGAAGUACGGCCACGGCACCUACUACGAUACCGUGAUCGGUAUCGAGUUGUUGAACGAGCCGUUGGGCCCGAUUUUGAACUUGGACAACUUGAAGACGUUCUACACCGCCGGUUACAAGAACUUGAGACUGACGGGUCUGGCGACCCCCGUGGUGUUCCACGACGCCUUCUUCCAAGAUAAGGGGUUCUGGGACCUGUUUUUGACCGUCGACCAAGGCUACUGGUCCGUUGUGCUUGAUCACCACCACUACCAGGUGUUCUCUCCUAAAGAAUUGGGGCGCAACCAACAAGAACACAUCGACGUUGCCUGCCAGUGGGGCGCCAACGACUCUGUUGGUUCCCACUGGGCCGUAUGUGGUGAGUGGCUGGCAGCUUUGACUGACUGCGCCCCCUGGCUUAACGGUGUCGGCAGAGGUGCCCGCUGGCUGGGCGACUACGACAACUCGCCCAAGUACGGGCUGUGCGACGAGUACCUCAAUUUGGACACCUGGUCCGACGACUACAAGAAGCGGGUGCGCCAGUACAUUGAAGCCCAGUUGGACGCCUUUGAACAAGGUAAGGGGUGGAUCUUCUGGAACUGGAAGACCGAGAAUGCCCCCGAGUGGGACAUGAAGCAGUUGGUCGACGCAGGGAUCUUCCCCCAGCCGUUGUCCGACCGCCAGUACCCCGGCCAGUGCUCCAAGCAUUAA